AUGGAAUAGCGAUUUAAAUAUAACGGUAGAGGAUAAAAGCCAUCUUCUAAUUAAAGCAACUAGGGGUACAAUAACAACAACAAUAAUAGCAAUAACAAUAACAAUGGAUCUUAGAUUUAAUUUAAAGAUAGAGAAAGAGAAGAAGAAGAGCAUUAUUACUAAGCGUAAAAUAAAAGAAGGUAGUAAAAAGUUUACCAAGAGUAUGAAACUAAGUAAGUUAAUUAGGACAACGGUAAUAACCAUCAAGCAUAGAAGAAUAAUCAAAAAAAUUAGCAAAGAGAUUAGAAUAAAAACAAUAAUUCUAAUAAUGACAACAGAAAUCAAAAUAAUGGAUAAAGGCAGAAUGGAAAAUAAAAUGAUUUUUACCCUAGAAAUUAAUUUAGGUAAGUGAAUGAUGAUUACGAUGACGAUGAAGAUGAUGAUAGCUCUUUCAAUAAUUCUAGAAAUAGCAAAAAAAAGAAUACAAACAGAAAUAACAAUCAGAACAGAUAAUAAAAAUAAUAUGAUAGCAGUGAUGAUGAUUACAGCGAUGGCAGAAGAAGAAAUAAAAGAGAGAAAAAAAUAGACCCAAAUGGACACAAUCCAAAUGCAAAUGUUGAUUAGCAAUACGACAGAUCGAAAAUUGAGCAUUAUUUUAACAGCAAAGACAUCAAAUUUAGUAAAGACAAAAGGUUUAAUAUCUAUCACUAAAGAGAUGAUGAAUACUUUCACAACUCUAAAAACAGAAACGGCUAAAAUAAAUUUGAAGGCAGCAGCUCAAACAGUAACCACCACAAUAAUUAGAAAAACAAUGAAGAAUUUGACAUCGACAGUAUUGUAGAUUAAGUUGAUUUUUAGGUUAACUUAGAUGAUAUCUUUAAAGAGACAAACAUGGAAGAAUAUGAAUGGAAUAACUUAUACCAAUUAUUUAAAUUAUCAGAAAAGAAAAACUCUCUAUUUUUCACAAUGUAAAGUGAAAAUCAAGUUAUUUUUGAUAAGCAAGAAAUGGAAACUGAAAUCUUUAAGCUAUUCUAGCAACUUGCAAGAGUUCUUAUUUUAUCUGACUUAGAAACAGCCAGUGAAAAAAAAAUUGACUAAAGACUGUGGGAUAUUUACAAAAAGAAGAUUGAGUAUAGCAAAAAGUUUAAACUUGUAAGCACAAAUAUCUAAGAUUAGCUCCAUAUUUUCGAUUCUAAGAUUUAAUUCUUAAGAGGAUUGCUAAAGGAUGUUAUUGAGAAAUACAAGUCUGAGCUAUGUUCUGAAAUCAAAUAAAAGAACUAAAAAAGAAGAAUAAUCGCUAAUUUAUGUUGCUACUUUGGAGAACUUAUUGAAUUGAAAGAGAAAGUUUCAAGAACAUAGACAGCUCCAAAUAUUAAGAACAUGCAUUUUGCAGCUGGUUAAUAUAUGAAAGCUAUUAGCAUUUAUCCCUUUUGUGGGAAGUUCUUUUUGGUCUUAGCAACUUUAAGUUACAUGAGUGAUGAUCAGUUUUCUGCAAUCUACUGGUGUAUAAGAGCACUUUGCAGUCAAUAAUCUUAUCCUUGUAAGGAAAAUUUGCAGGAAUUUUUAGAAAUAAACAGAUAAAAGUGCUACUAGUUUAUGCAGGAACAUAAUAGUUAUGGAAAGAUAGAUAAGAGAGAUACAUUUAAACUCUUCAUUUUACACUUUUUGAGUUUUGUUAACAUUGUUCUGACAAAGAUUGGAAUUGAAAAUAUGUAAAUACAUGCUCCCAUGUUUGAAUAUUUGCAAUAGCAUUUGCAACUUUUGUAAUAACAAAUUUAAUCUCAAUAAGAGGUAAGUUUGAAAGAUCAAACUACACUAUUAACCUAUGUAAUUAUGAUGGUAGUUUUUUCAUUAAGUAAAUUUCAAGAGUAUAUAAAGCUCAAAGAAGGUUAAGUUUUAGAUGUAAAGAUUCUUGAAAAUGAUAAUUUGGCUAGCAACUGUUUGAAAUACACUUAUGGAAUCCUGAAUAUGAUCCUUGAGCUUUAUGUCAAUUAUGAUGUACCUUAUUUUACUGAUUUAGUUAUUCCUAUAAUCUGCUAUUUCAUCUCUUACUAGGCUGUUUCUGAUUACCUUUUCACUAAAUUCUCACAUUUCUAAACUCUUUUUAACAAGAUUCUGUAAAAAACCAAGCAAAGAUUUGCUGAAUUUGAAAAGCACAAGCCUAAAAGCUACUAUGAAACUCUAUGCGACAACUAUUUGUGUGACACUGAAAUUCAAAUGAUAGGCUAUACACCAUUUAACCAUUACUUCGAGAACAACAAGGAUAAGUUUAAAAUCCUUGAAGAUGACUCUCUCUAAUACCCUCUUAAACUCUUUAUUAUCCUAGAUAAGCUUCCAAAAAUAGAGUCUUUCAAAAUUUUGGAAGAAGACGAAUAAGUUGAUUCAAAUAAACAAGACCAAGAAGAUUUCUUUUUCUUGAAAACAACUCCCUAAAAAGAAAGUAGUGCAUAGCAAGAUAGCAAGCAAUUGAUAAUCAUAGAUGGUAUGAAUGUUGCUAUCAGAUAUGGUUAAUCUACCUUCUGUGCUAAAGGCCUCCAGAUUGUUGUUGAUUUUUGGCUUAACCAUCAGGCUGAAGUGCUUGUAUUUUUACCAGAUUUCUGUUUUAGUGCUGAUUAAAUCGAAAAGAAAAGAUAGAAAUUCCAAAAAGAAAAAAUUCCUGAAAAGUUCAAGACUUUGCCAGACGAAGUAGAAACUUUAAUCAAGUUAAGAGACCAGGGUUAUGCUACAGGUAUACCAAACUAGAGCUAUGAUGACUCUUACAUGAUAGAUUAUGCAAGAAAGAAGAAUGCAUUCAUCAUGACUAAUGAUAGAUAUAAUGACCAUAUUUAGAACUACAAAAAUGAUCCAAAAUAAAUGGAAAUCGUUAAGUAGUGGAUUAGAAACAACUGUAUGAGCUUUACUUUUGUUAAGGAUGAGCUGCAACCUGACCCUGAUUUCAUAUAGAAAAGAACGAAAAUAUCUCUAGAAAAGCCCUACCAAUGA